CAACAUGGCCGCUUCCUGUUGUCAGAAUUUGUAACUUUCUGCACGUGUUUUGCUCCAAAUUUCGCAUUUUCUCCAGACAAGGACAACUCUUCUUCAGGAAAAUCAUGCUGACUCCAAGAUUUGAUAUCUCUCAAGACCAGAACAACCUUAAGAUCGUGAUCAAAGCUCCGUGUGCUCGGGUUUCCGACACGGAACUUUACAUCGAAGACACCGAGUUCAAGUUUUACUCCAAACCUUACUACCUGAGAUUGAACCUCCCCGGCAAAGUGGUCGAAAACGGGCGUGAAAAGGCCACGUACGAUGCAGAAACCGGCACGUUUACUGUACUUGUGCCCAAGGAGUGUCCAGGAGAACACUUUGAAGGACUGGAUUUACUCACAAAGUUGCUGGCACCUAAAGGAAUGAGAUCGGCAUCUGGAGCAGGUGUGGAGGUUUUAGGAACAGGUACAGAUGAUGCAGAAGAGGAAGAGGAGGAGGAGAUUGACUGGCAGGUGGAACAGGUACCAUGGUGGGAGAACCAAACACAGUCUGAGAUGCAGCCUGGGAUGAAAUAUGGGUUUGCCAACAGAAGAAGUGGAGUCUUCAGUAAGCUACAGGAGGAGUUACAGGAUGUGGUAGAUGUGAGAGAACCAGACAGACUGACACAUGCAGAGUGUCACGAGGCACGGAUGGCAGCAGAGCUGGAACAGUUCGACCCUGAUCACUACCUUGCUGACCUGUAUGAGGAUGACGCCAUCCAAGAACUGCUGAGAUACCAGCCACCUUGGGUGCAGGAACUCUACAAACUUAAGACAUGUUCAAAAGUAUCAGGUUCUGACAGCAGUACAAACCAGCCUGAGGAAGAGGUCUUGGUUUUCAGUGAAGAAGAGAAGGAACAGCUGCUAAGACUGCCCAAGAGGGAGUACCUGCUGGAUGGCAAGACAUUGCCUGUUGUGUGUUUCAGUCUGGUGGACAUUUUGUUUGCCUAUGCCUAUAACUACAGGACCACAGAAGGGGAGGACAAUGUGGAAUCUUCCUGGACAAUCUGCAAACUCAGUGCAACACUCUCCUGGCUUGAGAGCUUCUCCAGCCUGCAUGAGUCCGUCCUGUCCUCAUGCCGUCGUUCCCUCAGCUUCCCUCUGUACCGUAGCUGGGACCUGACCAUGGCCGUGUUACAGGACACAAAGGACAUCAUUGCUGCAGGUAGAAGGCGUGUCCUGCGGUGCCUGCUGCACAUCCACAGGCUGCUGUCUGCCGAUGAGAACAAGUACAUCCUGAAUGACCUGUACAUCACAGACUACUGUGUGUGGGUGCAGGCUGCUGGUGACAAGGUCUUCUCUUCCAUGGCUCAAGCUUUGUCUGAUAUCCACUUGUCUAAAGCCGACAUGAAGCUGGAGCUGGAGGAACUGGAGCAUGCAGCCAGACUGGUGCAGGAGGAAGAGGACACACAGGUCAUUGACACCAUGGCAAACCUCAGUCUACAAGAGUCAGAAGCACAGGACAGGUGUGAGACAACAGGUCUGGAGGCACCUGUAGCUGAGAUGGUUCAAAUAUCUCUGACUAGCAAGGUGGACAACAGUACUGAGAAAGUUUCAUCAAGUAAGGAGAUACUUGAUCAGGAAAAUCUUUCGUCACAGACUGAAGAUGAUUCUGAUGACACUGACACCAGCAGUGAAUCUGAUUCCUCCUCAGAGACUGACAGUGAUGUUGAUGAAGAGGUAACAAAAGGUGACAAGGCGUCCGCUCAGAGACCUCAAGUCCUAGCAACGUCUGAAACCCCACCUGACAAGGAAUUGAAGUCUGAUCAUGGUUGUGGAACUGUAGAUGCAUCUUCAUCAUGCAAGAAUGGGAAGGAAGACAAAGAUCAAGAACACUUGUGGUUAGAAGUCCCAGAUGUGAAUAACAGGUACAGGAUAGUGGAGGAGGAAAGAUGCAGUGAUACAACUGACAGGAGCCUCCUGUUUAGUCAAGAGACAUCAAGUAAAAAGCAGCUUAUUACAGAACUUCAGAAAACUUAGUGCAGUUGAAUUUGGAAGCAUGUAGAUGUUAGGUACUAGUAUAUUUACUAUG